AUGUUAGUCCGCGCUAUCCUGCUUCUGUCCUUGACGGCGGGGGCCGUUUUCGCACGCUCAGACCAGACUCCUCUCCACGACAAGUCCAAGACGCGCCCUCCAUCCAUCGUUUUCAUCCUGUUGGACGAUCUCGACUACCAAUUGAAGUCUCUAGACUAUCUUCCUUUCGUCCAGAAGCAUCUCGUCGAGAGGGGCACCCUCUACAGAAAGCACUUUUGCACAACCGCACUUUGCUGUCCUUCCCGUGUGAGUUUGUGGACAGGCAAGGCAGCGCAUAACACCAAUGUGACCGAUGUGAACCCCCCUUAUGGUGGAUACCCCAAAUUCCUGAGCCAGGGUCUGAACGAAAACUACCUUCCAGUAUGGCUUCAAAACGCGGGUUAUAAUACCUACUACACGGGAAAGCUCUUCAAUGCGCAUACUGUGGAAAACUACAACACUCCCCAUGCUGCUGGUUUCACUGGAUCUGACUUCCUGCUGGACCCAUUUACUUACCAGUAUCUCAACAGCUCCUACCAGCGUAACAAAGAUCCUCCUGUGAGCCACGAGGGAGAAUAUAGCGUCGACGUCCUUGCUGAGAAAGCGUAUGGGUUCUUGGAAGAUGCGGUAGAAGCCGAUAAGCCGUUUUUCCUUGCCAUUGCUCCAGUCGCACCUCACAGCAACGUCGAGAUCACCAAUUUAGAGGGAUCCGUAGAAGACUUUGUGGCCAACUUCACUCCUCCUAUCCCCGCUGCUCGGCACGCACAUCUGUUCAAGGAUGUCAAAGUCCCCCGUACCGAGAACUUCAAUCCGGAGAAGCCUUCUGGUGUUAACUGGAUCCGGACGCUAGAAAGACAGAGCCAGGAAAAUGUCGAUGCUAAUGAUCACUUUUACCGCAAUCGUCUCCGGUCAAUCCAGUCUGCAGACGAGAUUGUCGAUGGAAUCAUCUCCCGCUUAGAGAAGCACGGUAUUCUAGACGAUACAUACGUAAUCUUCUCGAGCGAUAAUGGCUAUCACAUCGGUCAACACCGGCUUCAACCAGGUAAAGAAUGCAGCUUCGAGGAGGACAUCAACAUCCCUCUCAUCAUUCGAGGGCCCGGAGUACCAGAGGGUGAGACGACUGACAUCGUUACCACACAUACCGAUCUUGCUCCAACCAUUCUUCAGCUGGCAGGGGCUCCGCUCCGAGCUGAUUUUGACGGAGAAGCGAUCCCGCUCACCAAGUCGGGAAUCAGCUCUGCCGCCAAGACCCGCCAUGAGCAUGUCAACGUGGAGUAUUGGGGCUUUGCACUGGGCGAGGGCGAAUUCGACCAGAGCCGGUUCCAUUACAACAACACUUACAAGGCUCUCCGGGUCAUCAGCGAACACUACAACUUUCACUACUCGGUAUGGUGCACUAAUGAGCAUGAGUUGUAUGACUUGAAGACCGACCCCAGCCAGCUUCGCAAUCUUCUCCACGAGGGCGAGGCUGCCCCCGAAACUCUCCUCGGCUUUCCUCUAUCGAAGGUGGUGGCUCGUCUGGACUCUCUUCUGUUUGUGCUGAAGUCAUGCAAAGGCCAGACCUGCACCAGACCGUGGCUUGCAUUGCAUCCCGCAGGAAACGUGGCUAACCUGCAUGACGCUCUCUCGCCAAGGUUUGACAAUUUCUACGAGACGGAGCAAAGGCGAAUCGAGUAUUCGCGCUGUGAGGCUGGGUACAUAGUCGAUGCCGAGGGACCCCAGUUCGAGCGCGAUGGCUUCGUCUAUCGGCACGGCACGCAGUGGCACGAGUGGGUCUAG